CAAAAAGGAAGAAAGAGUCGUUGAAAAAAUCUCUCUAAAUAUCGUUUUAAAGAGCUAUCAGGCUAGGUAGAUAGCUAAUAUACGCCAUACGGUAGGGGGCGUUGGGAGCCUUCAAUUGCAAACAAACAUAAAGGCUCGGAGGAGAAUUAAUCACGCUUCUGUUUUGCCUUCUGGGGCGUAUUUUGACUUAUAGCGUCGGUUUGAAAAGAAAUGGCAGCGGCCGAGACUCAUAAAGUCAUUAUUUAUGGUGGGAAAGGUGCACUGGGCUCAAAAUGUGUUCAGUAUUUCAAAUCAAAAAACUGGUGGGUUGCCAGCAUUGACUUACAUGCGAAUGAAGAGGCCAACAGCAACGUCACUGUUAAGAUGACAGACUCGUUUAAUGAGCAAGCGAACCAGGUUACUGCUGAUGUAGACGAGCUGCUAAGAGGAGAAAAAGUGGAUGCAAUUUUGUGUGUGGCUGGAGGCUGGGCAGGGGGCAAUGCCAAGGCCAAAGUGAUGUACAAGAAUGCAGAUUUGAUGUGGAAGCAGAGUAUGUGGACUUCCACCAUCUCUAGUCACCUAGCAACCAAACACCUGAAACAUGGGGGACUGCUCACGCUGGCAGGAGCUAAAGCAUCACUCGGAUCGACCCCAGGAAUGAUUGGUUAUGGCAUGGCGAAGGCAGCAGUGCAUCAGCUUUGUCAGAGUCUGGGCGAAGCCAACAGCGGCCUUCCUGCUAAAGUGACCGCUGUAGCCAUCUUGCCCGUUACCUUGGACACACCCAUGAACAGGAAAUCCAUGCCAGAUGCAGAUUUCAGUUCUUGGACACCACUGGAGUACAUAGCCGAAUUGUUCUACAAGUGGGCACUGGGAGAGGACAGACCAGCAUCAGGGAGUCUGGUGCAGCUUAUUACCACAGAGGGCAAGACAAAGGCAACAGCAAUAUAACGCUCUUGCUCUUGC